GUGGCAAACUAUGAGUGCAAUGCCUUGUAAUUUCUUCAGUUGGCAGAAGAAGAAUAGCUGUGUAUCAGACCUGUUUGGUGGGUUUAUAGCUACAGUAUAAGAACCACCUCUAAGCUUGUAGUUUUUGUCAGACUGGGGUGAAGGACAUCUAACCUGAAUCACACGUUUCACUUUCAACAGUAAUCAUGGCCAGCUGGUCCCUGUAUGUUUUUCUGCUGCUGUUGUCCUGCGAUGUGGCCUUUCUGAAGAAAAAGAAAACAGAAAAAAAAGAAAAUAUUCUCGCAAGAGGCUGGGGAGAUGACAUCACCUGGGUGGAGACAUAUGAGGAGGGUCUAAAAAUUAUGCAGGAGAGUGACAAACCUCUGAUGGUUAUUCAUCACUUGCUCGAGUGCCCAUAUAGUCAAGCUCUCAAAAAGGCUUUUGCUGAGAACAAUUCCAUCCAAAAAAUGGCUAAAGAAGAUUUCAUCAUGCUGAAUUUAGUGGAGGAAACAACUGAUCCUAAUAUGGCUCCUGAUGGCUAUUAUGUCCCCAGAAUUCUUUUUGUUGAUCCUUCUAUGACCGUGCGUGCUGACAUCGCUGGAAAGUACAACAACCGCAAGUUUGCCUAUGAAUCUGAGGACUUGGAUUUCUUGAAAGAGAACAUGGAAAAAGCCAAGAAGCCGUACCACACAGAGCUGUAGUGAGCUCAGGCAGACGAAGAGACAGAUGAAGAGAUCUGAGACUGAAACUACUUGUCAUCAAAGCAAACUUUUCAUGUGUCACAUGGAGAACAACCUGGACACUGAGCUAUACACUAAAACACCAUCGAACAUGUUCAUGUGUAUCAGCUCUCAGUUGUAUGCUAGCCUGGAUCUGUUUCAUACGAGUUACUGAAAUGUUAUUAUACUGACUAAUAAAAAUUCUAAAAAUAAAAAAAUGGAUUUCUAACCAUAUAAUAA